CCCCAGCGGAGAGUCACCCCUCGCCCCGCUGCUCUCCUCAACUCCCAACGCCGCCGCGGGAACCCCAGGAGUGCGCGAGGCCCCGCGCGCUUCGCGCCGCAGCCGGGCUCAAGCGCACACAGGGCGCGCGCCCUCGCGGGUUGGAAUGGAAGGAUCGAGAUCGGCGGAGACGGCGGCGAGCAGCUUCUGAAGCCAGAACUCCUCCCCGGCUGCGGCGCCCGCGACAUGCGGCGGGAGAGGUGCGGCGCCUCUCGCCCGCGUCCCCGCAAUGGAGGUGCUGCGGCGCUCCUCGGUUCUCGCCGCGGAGAUCAUGGACGCCUUUGACCGCUCGCCCACCGACAAGGAGCUGGUGGCCCAGGCUAAGGCGCUCGGCCGGGAGUUCGUGCACGCGCGGCUGCUGCGCGCCGGCCUCGUGUGGAGCGCGCCUGAGCGCGCCGCGCCCGCCCCAGGCGGCCGCCUGGCAGAGGUGUGCACGGUGCUGCUGCGCUUGGGGGACGAGCUGGAGCUGAUCCGGCCCAGCAUCUACCGAGACGUGGCGCGCCAGCUGAGCCUGUCCCUGCACUCCGAGAGUGUGCUGACCGACGCCUUCCUGGCCGUGGCGGCCCAGAUCUUCGUUGCAGGCAUCACGUGGGGCAAGGUGGUGUCCCUGUACUUGGUGGCCGCGGGGCUGGCCGUGGACUGUGUGCGGCAGGCCCAGCCUGCCAUGGUGCACGCCCUGGUCGACUGCCUCGGGGAGUUCGUGCGCAAGACGCUGGCGGCCUGGCUGCGCAGGCAGGGAGGAUGGACCGACAUCCUCAAGUGCGUGGUCAGCAGCGACCCUGGCUUCCGCUCCCACUGGCUCGUGGCUGCAAUCUGUGGCUUCGGCCGCUUCCUGAAGGCUGCCUUCUUAGUGCUGUUGUCGGAGAGGUGAACCCAGGCCCUGGACCCGGAGGCCCUCGGCUGAAGCCCCGCCCUCCUCCCAACGAGCGGGUCUGCGGUGCCGCUGGUGGCCCUGCCCUGUGCACCUCACACGGCCAGGGUCCCCUUUCAGCCCCAAAGGAAGGCAGCUGGGAGCACCCAGCUCCCACUGGGUGCCAGGGCCCUGUCCACGAAGGGGACCACGUCGGGACGUGAGCCAGGAGGUGGCUGGGCCUGGCCACGGCCGCAGGAGCCGCGUGGCCUUGCGGGUCCCGCACUGGCUUGCAGGCUGUCGCUGGGACAGCGUCCCUGCCUGUGGCUGGGUCCUGGAUGCCAUACGGACCCGGGAGGGCACCGGCGCUGACCAACAAGGACAGAGUGUGUGUU